GAAACAUGCCCUUUACAACUUGGAGAGGUUAAGAGGUUGCCGGAAAAAGAUUUGGCCCUUGUGUCGAUUUUUUCCCCAUCCGGAAGAAAUCAGAAACCUAUCACGUCCUCCUCUUCUCCCUGUCACGCUUCCUGCUCGGACAAAUCCCUAACUCAGUCGAUGAAUCUGUGUUGUGGUCUGCAAAACUCCACCACUCAAGAAAUAAAGCUUCUGAGCACCCUUGAAUAAAGCUUCCACUUUGAUGAAAAUUGGUAACUUGUAGGUAUGGGUGAUAUAGUCUUCAUAUUUGUAUAAGAAUCCAUAAAUGUCUUACGUAAGAAUCUGCACAAAUCUUGAGAAGUCCAUACAAGUCUACUAAAAUCUCAUAUUGUCACGAAUCUUAAACAGUCUAAAUAAGUCCCAAAUGAAUACACCCCCUAAGUUACUACCAUGGUCACUAUGUAUUAGGAGUCACAUUUUUGUUCACUAUCUUUAUUGUAAUCAUAUAUUAGUCAUUUUUUCUAAUAUAAAUUCAUCGUGUUAUUAAUAUAAUUUUUUGAAGUUUCAUAUAUUUCGUGCUGUCUACCAAAAAAGUUUUUGUUCCGCCAUUACCUAGAAGUGACUAUGGUGGUUUGAGAUUUUGUUCUUCACUUUCCCAGCUGAACUUAUGAAGGGGAUAUCCAAAGAUUACAUUCUUGGUCGGGUGAGGGGGUUGCAAACAGCACCUAAAACCCAGAACCUCAAGAUCAAAGGAAUUAAAGACAUUAUAGCCAUUGCUUCAGGCAAAGGUGGUGUUGGCAAGUCCACUACUGCUGUUAAUUUGGCGGUUACACUUGCUAAUAAGUAUGGGCUUAAAGUUGGGUUGCUAGACGCUGAUAUUUAUGGGCCUUCAAUUCCUUUGAUGAUGCGACUCCAUGGAAAGCCUGAAGUCAGCCAAGCAGAUGGGAAAAUGAUUCCAAUUGAAAGUUAUGGUGUAAAAUGUAUAUCAAUGGGAUCUCUUGUGGAAGAAGAUGCAGCAAUCGUAUGGAGGGGACCUAUGGUUAUGAAAGCUCUUGAGCAGAUGACAAGAGGAGUUGAUUGGGGGAUGCUAGACAUUCUUGUGGUGGAUAUGCCCCCAGGUACUGGUGAUGCUCAGAUAUCUAUCUCCCAGAGGCUUCAGUUAUCAGGAGGAUUGAUUGUUUCAACUCCUCAGGAUGUUGCAUUAAUGGAUGCUCGGAGGGGUGUUAAAAUGUUUUCCAAAGUUAAUGUUCCGAUAAUUGGAAUCUUGGAAAACAUGAGCUACUUUAAGUGCCCUCAUUGCCAUGAGCCUUCAAAUAUCUUUGGAAAAGGAGGUGUUCGCAAAACAGCCGAAGAAAUGGGCAUGAAGUUUCUUGGUGAGGUGCCACUAGAAGUAGGGAUCAGAAGUGGUUGUGAUGAAGGUGUCCCCAUCGUAGUAUCAGAACCUUCUUCUGUAGUCUCCCAAGUUUAUGGGGAUGUCACUGAGAAAGUUGUCAAAAUGCUAAAAGUAAUGGACGAGGAGCAACAUUUCAGACCCCAGAUAACUUUGUGAUGGACAUUUUUUGGUGGUAUUUUUUGUGCUAUGCAGCUUUAUCCUACUCAAAUGAUGACCAUAUAUGCACGUUGGACGAAAAACGCCCUCUAGUUUCAGGCCUGGACUGAACUUCUGCUGACUUGAAAUGAAGAUUGUCUGCUCGCUGAAGAUCCUAAGCCAGCUUCAGUUUUUUAGGUCAGCUCUAUAGUGCAGGAUUUUCUCUUGGUAGACCUAUAUCUUAAGUGCAGGUUACACCUUAUGAUGCUGAUGGUGAUGUGGUGUAUUGUAGAUUUGUAGGGAGUAGUUUAUAUAUUUUAAAAAGACACACACUCAUCAUAUAGUAGGGAUUAUGUCUCUUUGGGGUGUCAAGGUCCAUGUGUAAUUGCGUUUGAUCGAACUUUCAAUCAAAUUAUUCCAUAUUUCCAUGUAUGACAUAGACUACUAAAACCCUUGGUUUGAAAAUUGAUCAUUCUCGUCCUCAAAUAUUCCCAUCCUCUAUUCUUCGAUCAACGUGAAUUGUUCC